AAGUGAUAUAUUUGUGACAGACGAUACGAAUCUAAUGUGAGAGCAUGUUCCUAAGUUCAUGCAAGAUAUUUCGCUAUUUGAGGAUGCUUUGUUCUAAAUAAACACAACAAAUCUUUCGCUAUUUGGAACACAUUACCUUCUUCUUCUUAUCUGUGCUUCGUUGCUUCUGCCAUUGCUGUGCCGUCAAUUUUGAAUACCGUAUUCUUCUCUCUUGAUGGGAGUAGAUUCAACAACCCAUGUUGUCUCUUUCAGGGUCAGGCUCAAAAUUCCAACUUGCAAGCUUUCUUCUUCUUCUUCCUGGGACCCCGUUUCAGCAUUAUCCCAAGGUUCUUGGUAUCUAUAUUUUCCAAGGAAGAUUUCACAUCCCCAACCGUUGCAUUAAUUGUGGAUAGGGUUUUGAUUUUGUGUACACUUUUCCAUUUUGUUUUUUUUGGGAAAUUUCUGAAGUUUUUUUGUCAUUCAUUGAAUUUAAACAACUGGGUCUCUGUCCUUUUCCCCCCUCUGGUGGGAAGUUGGGAUUUUUAUGGGAUUCAGUUGUUCUGCUAUAAAUUUGUGACUUUGUGUUCAGUGGUAUUUGUGAUAUGGGGUUCUGAGUUUUUAUGAUAUUUGGUGGUGGAGGACCUAAAAGUUAUGCUCUUUUUUAAAUCUUAUGAUUGGUAUGGUGAAAUUGCUUUUUGAGAGUUGGGAAAGUUAGCAACUUGGGUGCUAGUUUUUGGGGCUGGUCCUGGGAGUGGUUAGAACAAUUAGUUAAUCUUAGUGGGCCUUUCUCCCUUGGAUUUAUCACUUUUACCAUUUUCAUCAAAGUAGAUUGAUGGGGGCCAGUGGCAGGAGGAAGUUGAAGCUUAAUUUCAGCAAGAUCUACUCAUUUGCAUGUGGUAAAACAACCUUCAAGAGAGAUCAUGCACAGAUUGGGGGAUAUGGCUAUUCCAGGGUGGUCUUAUGCAAUGAACCAGAUAGCUCUGAGGAAGGGUUUAGGUAUUAUGCAGAUAACUCUGUCAGGUCCACAAAGUACACUGCUGCUACUUUCUUGCCCAAAUCACUGUUUGAGCAGUUUAGGAGGGUUGCUAAUUUCUUUUUCUUGGUAGCUGGGAUCUUAGCCUUCACAAAGCUUGCUCCUUAUACAGCUGUCAGUGCUAUCCUUCCUCUGUGUCUGAUCAUUGGGGGAACUAUGGUGAAAGAGGGUAUUGAAGAUUGGCGUCGGAAAAAACAGGAUAUUGAGGUGAACAACAGAAGAAUUAUAUUGCAUAAAGGUGAUGGCAUCUUCGAUUAUACAGAGUGGAAGAAUCUGAGGGUGGGCGAUAUAGUGAAGGUAAAGAAGGAUGAAUUUUUCCCUGCUGACCUUCUACUGCUUUCAUCUAGUUAUGAGGAUGCAGUCUGCUAUGUUGAGACCAUGAACUUGGAUGGGGAGACAAAUUUGAAGUUAAAACAAGGAUUGGAUGUAACUUCUUCCUUAAAUGAGGACUUCAAUUUCCGUGAUUUUAAAGCUACUGUCAAAUGUGAAGACCCGAAUGCUAAUUUGUACUCAUUUGUCGGGAGCAUGGAGUUUGAAGGGCAAAAGUAUGCCCUUUCACCUCAGCAACUUCUUCUGAGAGACUCUAAACUUCGUAAUACAGAGUACAUAUUUGGAGCAGUCAUCUUUACCGGUCAUGACACGAAGGUUAUUCAAAAUUCCACCGAUCCCCCUUCAAAAAGAAGCAAAAUUGAGAAGAAGAUGGAUAAGAUUAUCUACUUCUUGUUUUGUGUUUUAUUUCUAAUUGCAUUUAUUGGAUCUAUUCUCUUUGGCAUUUCAACUAAAGAUGACCUGGACAAUGGGUUGAUGAAAAGAUGGUAUCUAAGACCAGAUGAUUCCACCAUUUUCUUUGAUCCAAAAAGGGCAGCUGCAGCUGCUAUAUUUCAUUUUUUGACAGCCUUAAUGUUAUAUAACUUCAUCAUUCCUAUCUCAUUGUAUUUCUCAAUUGAAAUUGUCAAAGUCCUCCAAAGCAUCUUCAUCAAUCAAGAUAUCCAUAUGUACUAUGAAGAAACAAACAAACCAGCUUAUGCACGCACUUCAAACUUGAAUGAGGAACUUGGCCAAGUUGACACUAUACUUUCUGACAAAACUGGAACUCUGACCUGCAACUCAAUGGAGUUCAUCAAAUGUUCUAUUGCUGGGGUAGCUUAUGGCCGUGGUGCUACAGAGGUUGAGCAAGCCAUCGAUAGAAGUAAUCGUUCACCUAUUAUUCAUGAGCAUGCUAAUAGUUUUGAAUCAGAAUCAGAAUCAGAUGCAAUCAGAGAAUCUCCUGAUAGAAAAGAAUCCAUCAAAGGUUUUAACUUCAUAGAUGAAAGGAUAAUGAAGGGAAACUGGGUUAAUGAGCCUAAUACAGAUGUUAUACGAAAGUUUUUCCGCUUAUUGGCAGUCUGCCAUACUGCCAUACCAGAAGUGGAUGAAGACACAGGAAAUGUCUCAUAUGAAGCAGAAUCACCAGACGAAGCAGCAUUUGUUAUUGCUGCAAGAGAAAUUGGUUUUAAAUUCUACAAUAGGACUCAAACUAGUUUGUCUAUGUAUGAAUUCGAUCCAGUUUCUGGUGAUGAAGUUGAAAGGACAUACAAGCUUCUCAAUGUUUUAGAAUUCAAUAGCUCAAGGAAGCGAAUGUCAGUGAUAGUGAAAGAUGAAGAAGGGAGGAUUUUGCUUCUUUGUAAAGGUGCUGACAGUGUCAUGUUUGAAAGACUUGCCUUGAAUGGAAGGGAGUUUGAAGAGAAAACUUUGGAACAUGUGCGUGAAUAUGCUGAUGCAGGUCUAAGGACCCUGAUACUGGCCUAUCGCGAGCUUGAUGAAGAAGAAUACAAAGAGUUUGAUAAUAUGUUUUCUGAAGUAAAAAACUCAGUUACUAUAGAUCGUGAAACACUAAUUGAGGAAGUAUCAGAUAAGAUCGAGAGGAAUCUAAUCCUUCUAGGUGCCACUGCUGUGGAGGACAAGCUCCAAAAUGGGGUUCCUGAUUGUAUUGACAAGCUUGCUAAAGCUAGAAUUAAGAUAUGGGUUUUGACGGGGGAUAAAAUGGAGACUGCCAUCAAUAUUGGUUAUUCUUGUAGAUUGCUUAGGCAAGGAAUGAAACACAUUACAAUUCAUUUGGAGAUUCCAGAAAUUCGAGCAUUAGAGAAGGUUGGAGACAAGAUGGCUAUUAUCAAGGCAUCAAGAGAAAGUGUACUCCGUCAGAUAUCUGAAGGCGCUAUCCUUCUUUCUGAAUCAAGAGGGACCUCUCAGCAGGCAUUUGCUUUGAUAAUUGAUGGAAAAUCACUUGCUUAUGCUCUUGAAGAUAAUAUGAAGAACAUGUUUCUAGAGCUUGCAACUCGAUGUGCAUCUGUUAUCUGUUGUCGCUCAUCGCCAAAACAGAAGGCACUGGUUACUAGACUGGUCAAAUCUGGAACUGGUAAGACAACGUUAGCUAUUGGCGAUGGAGCUAACGAUGUGGGAAUGCUUCAAGAAGCACAUGUAGGGGUUGGAAUCAGUGGUGUUGAAGGAAUGCAGGCUGUUAUGUCUAGUGAUAUUGCAAUUGCGCAGUUCCGAUAUUUAGAAAGAUUACUUCUUGUACACGGACACUGGUGUUACCGAAGGAUGUCAUCAAUGAUAUGCUACUUUUUCUACAAGAAUAUCACAUUUGGCUUCACUCUAUUCUUAUAUGAGGUCUAUGCAUCAUUCUCUGGACAGCCUGCGUACAAUGAUUGGUUUUUAUCUUUCUAUAGUGUUUUCUUUUCUUCACUUCCCGUGAUUGCCCUUGGGGUCCUUGACCAGGAUGUAUCUGCCAGGUACUGCCUCAAGUUUCCUAUUUUAUAUCAAGAAGGGGUACAAAAUAUCCUCUUUAGCUGGCGUCGAAUACUCAGCUGGAUGCUCAAUGGAUUCAUCAGUGCCAUAAUAAUAUUCUUCUUCUGCACAAAAGCAAUGGGGAUUCAGGCCUUUGACGAGGAGGGAAGAACCGCCGGAAAGGACAUGUUGGCGGCAACCAUGUACACUUGCGUGGUUUGGGUUGUGAACUUGCAGAUGGCACUCGCCAUACGGUACUUCACCUUGAUUCAACAUGUUUUCAUCUGGGGAUCCAUUGCUUUCUGGCAUCUCUUCCUCUUGGCAUAUGGAGCAUUGCCACCGAGCAUUUCUACAAAUGCUUACAAAGUCUUCAUUGAAACUCUGGCUCCAUCUCCAUCCUUUUGGAUUGUCACGUUCUUUGUGGCGAUCUCAACGCUUAUACCGUACUUCUCAUGCUCAACGAUUCAGAUGUGGUUCUUUCCCAUGUACCAUGAAAUGGUACAAUGGACGAGGUACGAGGAGAAGACUAAUGGUCCUGAAUUGAAUACUGUAAUACAAUGAGGCAAAAGAAGCAUUGUAAUAUAGGGCACACUUGCUGGAAGUAAGAGCAGUUGAGAAUGCAGAUUCUGGGUAAUAUACUUAGAUUUUGGUUUAGAAGUGUAAUCUGUGCUAUAGUUAGUGAGUGUUUGGAUUAGCUUACUUUAAAAUUAUUAUAAUUUCUUUUUUUUUCUUUCUAUUCUAGGUUCCGAAGAGCCCUUAUAGGGGAGAAUAUGAUUAUUUGCUAAAAAAAUCAAGUUGUGAAAUUUUGUGGUGAAAAAAAGUCUAAUUAGAACAGGAAAAUACAAUACUAGGAUUGUUUGGAUAACAUUGUAAUCAAUAUCUAUUAUAGUAUUUUAUUUGUUCCUA